AUGGUGAACAAGAUUCUACUCGUCUUCGUCGGCUUCGAACUGGCCUUCCUGCUUUGCGCAGUCCUGCACCUGAUCAUCCCUCUUUAUACCCAAAACAAGAUCAAGACCAGCAACAACGUGGACAAUGUUGCACCCAAUGUCCUUCUUGAUCACUGUCCUCUCUUGGCAUCUAUGGUCAACGCCGUCAUCAUGUUCAUUACUUCUCUUCUUGCCGUACCCGCCUUGAUUAACAAAACUAACCGCUCCUACCUUGUUGCACAUUGCUGGGGCAUCGUCCUCUCCGCGGCUCUCACCCUGGGAAUUGGUUGCGCAAUCUGGUUCUCAACGCUCGAGACACAUAAGAACUUGGCUCCGGUCUGGACCGAACAACCCGACGAUGUGCUAUCAAUGCUGCAAGAACGCUUCCAGUGUUGCGGUUACGACAACCCAGCUCUGUUCGUCAGAGACACUAUUACUUGUCCGAAUGCCUCCGCUGCCGCUCGACUCGGAGGCUGCAUGAUUCCCUUUGGUCGAUUCGCCAACCAAUUUCUUGACGUUGUCUUCACUACAUUCUUUGGGUUCGUCGCGAUUGAUGUGAUGACCUUGUUGGCCGCCAUGUGCGUGAUCACGGAUCGCAAAGAGAAAGAGAGAUACAGAUUGAUUGAUGAGAAGAGAGGUUACGGUUCUAUCUAA